CAGCCACUGCCUAAGCCCAAGCCAACGUUUCACUUUCCUUUCCGGUUUCAGUUGGGCAACGAGUAGGUUCAUUUCUGCAGUCGCUCCUAUCCUAUUUACUGUGAAAAUGUCGUCCAAGGUAUCGCGUGAUACUCUCUAUGAGUGCGUGAAUACCGUAAUUCAAACUUCGCAAGAAAAGAAAAGGAAAUUUUCGGAAACAGUUGAACUCCAAAUUGGUUUGAAGAAUUAUGAUCCAAUGAAGGACAAACGUUUCUCAGGCACCGUCAAGUUAAAGAACAUCCCAAGACCAAAAAUGCAAGUUUGUGUUUUGGGUGACCAGCAACAUUGCGAUGAAGCUAAAGCUAACAAUAUUCCAUACAUGGAUGCUGAAGCACUAAAGAAAUUAAACAAAAAUAAGAAACUUGUAAAGAAACUAGCUAAGAAAUAUGAUGCUUUUCUGGCUAGUGAAUCGUUAAUUAAGCAAAUUCCUCGUAUUCUUGGUCCUGGUCUUAAUAAGGCUGGUAAAUUCCCUGGUCUUCUUUCUCAUCAAGAAUCAAUGGUGGGAAAAAUUGACGAAGUUAAAGCAACGAUCAAAUUCCAGAUGAAGAAGGUAUUGUGUUUGUCGGUUGCUGUUGGGCACGUGGGAAUGACUCCAGAUGAACUGGUGCAAAAUGUACAUCUUUCAAUUAACUUCUUGGUUUCAUUAUUGAAGAAACAUUGGCAAAAUGUACGUUCUCUUCAUAUAAAGUCUUCCAUGGGACCACCUCAAAGACUGUACUAAUUUAUUUAGUACGAAAGUUUUUGAAUUCUUUUAAACAAAUAAAGCAAACAAAAUAA